CACACGCCACUCUCUACACCAUGCGCACUGCGCACCCUUCUCCUUCUCCCUUUCUUCUUCUUCUUUAAGACCCCCUCAACCGAAAAAAUAAAAAAAAAUCCCUCUCCAUUGUUCCAAUUGUAAUUUAUAUCCACAUUUCUUUGUUUUUUUGAUAACAGGGUUAGAUCUCCAUCGAUGGAGACGAGGCGAUCUUCGGUUUUAAUUCUGUCGGUGUUACUGGCGUUUGCCGCCGUUGAUGUGGCCGCGGUUGUUACUUACUCGUCGAGGCUCAUUCAACGGUUUUCCGAUGAGGCGAAGUUACUUAAGGUUCCUAGGGACGGCGGUGAAGUUCGGUGGCCGGAGAGGAAGAGCUUGGAGUACUAUAAGUUGCUUGUGAACUCUGAUUUUCAGCGGCAGAAGAUGAAGCUUGGGCCUAAAUACGACCUCAUUUUUCCUUCUCAAGGGAGUAAAACGAUGUCGUUUGGAAAUGACUUUGGAUGGUUACACUACACCUGGAUUGAUAUAGGGACGCCAAAUGUUUCAUUUCUUGUUGCAUUGGACGUGGGGAGUGAUCUACUUUGGGUUCCAUGCGAUUGUGUGCAAUGUGCUCCACUGUCUGCCAGUUACUAUAGUAGUCUGGAUAAAGAUCUGAGUGAGUACAGGCCAUCUGGUUCAAGCACUAGCAAGCAUGUACCUUGCAGCCAUCAAUUAUGCGACUCAAGCCCAAACUGCAAAAGUUCUAAGCAGCAAUGCCCUUACACUAUUGACUACUACACAGAAAAUACUUCAAGUUCUGGAUUGCUUGUUGAAGACACCUUACAUCUUGUAUCAGCCAGUGAUCAUACAUUGAACACCUCAGUUCAGGCUCCAGUUAUUAUAGGAUGUGGUAUGAAGCAAAGUGGUGGUUACCUGGAUGGGGUUGCUCCUGAUGGUUUGAUGGGUUUGGGACCUGGAGAAAUUUCAGUUCCCAGUUUCCUUGCAAAAGCAGGAUUGAUCCGCAACUCUUUCUCCAUGUGUUUUGAUGAAGAAGAUUCAGGUAGAAUUUAUUUUGGGGAUGAGGGACCAGCCACUCAACAAUCUACUCAAUUCCUGCCUUCUGAUGGGAAAUAUAUGACCUACACUGUUGCGGUGGAGGCCUGCUGUAUUGGUGAUUCUUGUCUUAAACAAACAGGCUUUAGUGCAGUGGUAGAUAGUGGAACAUCAUUUACAUUUCUUCCUAAUGAAGUGUAUGAGAGAAUAGCUAAAGAGUUUGACAGACGAGUUAACUCUACAAUCACUAGCUAUCCAGGUUAUCCAUGGGAAUAUUGCUACAAGUCCAGUUCACAGGAGUUGCCCAAUGUUCCCUACUUGAAGCUCAUGUUCCCUUUAAACAACAGCUUUGUGGUCUAUAAUCCAGUUUUUGUCAUCUAUGGUCUUCAGGGAGUCUCUGGAUUCUGUUUAGCCAUACAGCCAGGGGAGAGGGAUGUUGGCACAAUUGGACAGAAUUUCAUGACCGGAUACCGGAUGGUGUUUGAUAGGGAAAAAAUGAAGUUAGGUUGGUCACCCUCAAAUUGUCAAGAUCUAGCUGAUGGUAAAAGGAUGCCCCUUUCUCCUAAUGGAACACGCUCGAAUCCAUUGCCAACCAAUGUGCAGCAGAGCACUCCUGGUGGACGGGCAGUUGCUCCAGCCGUGGCUGGUAGGGCUCCCUCCAAACCCUCAUUCGCCCCGACCCGCCUAGUUUCAUCACAGUUUUGUUAUUUAAAAUUGCUGCCGCUUCUGGUUCUUUUGCAUCUACUAGUUUCAUUUUUUCCACUAGAUACUGACACCCACUGUUGAGUUUCAUUCUCACUUAGCCCCACGUGUAUAUCCACCUUUUUCUUUCUAUUUUUCAUCUUUUCCAUUAUAAUAUUUUCUCUUUCUUUCUUCAGUACAAUGUAUAAAUUUUUGGAGCAGUCUCGUGGUCUGAUGCCAUCAAAUUUUUUCCCCCUAUGAUGGCCAUUGGAUUGAACAGAGGGGCAUGUAGCUAGUAUGUAUUAUAUUUACUUUCCAACCAGAAAUUUAUAUCAUUUCGUCUUUCUAUCUUA